AUGUUGGGAGUUAAUAACCAUGGUCAGACAAUUGUCUUAGCAUGCGCAUUUUUGAGCAAGGAAACGACUGAGUCGUUUGUUUGGAUGUUUGAGGAGUUUAAGAAAGCCAUGCCAGGUGGGGAACCUAAAACGAUCAUUACAGAUCAAGAUGCGGCAAUGGACAGAGCGAUUUCAAUAGCCUUCCCGACUACAUUUCAUCGACUUUGCAUAUGGCACAUCACAUCAAAGUUCUCUGUUAAGUUACCAUCUGACGCUUAUAAGGAGUAUUGGCGUGAAUUUCAGAAAGCCAUAUGGGAUACUGACAAUAAGGAUGAGUUUGAUGCAAAAUGGAAUAUUGUGGUUACAAAGGCUGGUUUUACUGACCAUCCAUGGCUAAGUUCAAUGUUUGAUUUAAGGGAAUCUUGGGUUCCAGCCUACACACGACAAUUUUUUGCCGCUGGAAUGUCAAGCAGCCAAAGAGCGGAAGGUUCUCAUGGAUUUUUCAAGCAAUACAUAUCAAGGAGAAAUUCGUUGAUGGAUUUCAUAAUACGAUUUGAGAGGGCACUUUCUCAUCAACGUGAAAAAGAGACAUCACCGUCGAACAAUGACGAAUCAACUCCAAUAGAUCGUAGUGACCCAUUAUUCGACGAAUUUGACAGGAUGCACGGACCAACUGAAUGA